AACGCUUUAUGAAUAACAACAGUCUUGAUACAACCCAGACACAGGAAAGACCAUCGACUAAUAGCCAGAAGAUAAAGAGUCUUGCUCCAGUUAAAAUUCCAAAGACUCAGCAUAAAACUCUUUCAUUGCCUUCUCAAGAGGUUGAGCUCCAGUUCAGAGUCUUUUCAUAUACUUCCCAGGAAGAUGAGGGGAAAGCUGAGAAUUUAUCCCUCAACAGUGAUUAUGAUGGAAAUCCAGGAUGGCAUAGCCAACGAUUUUGAGAGUUUCCACAGGAACUGAUAAUAUACUUUAACUCUCCAGUGAAAUUAUCAAAAUUAGUGCUUUUGAGCCAUCAAAAUAAGAUCUCUUCUCAGGUAGACUUGUAUUCAUACCAUCCAAGUUUUGAAAAUGCUAUAUCUGCAAAUAAAUACAAACGACUUGGGAAGUUUACUCUAGAUAAUAACUCAAAGUCUAAUUUUCAGGCAAGAGAGAGUAAGUCUGUUUAUCUUGACACUGAAUGACAGUACUUAAAAUUUGUGUUAAGUCAAUGUCAUGUAAAUAAAUACAAUAUUUUCAAUCAAGUUUCGAUCCAGUCUGUAAAAUGCUAUGGCACUAUUUUGAGGCCUUCCAAGAGGAAAAGCCUUGCACUAACAGUGAAUGAAUACAAGGACAUGAGUCCUAACAAAAGCUUUGCUGUUAACGGAUCUUCUAACAACAUUGCUAAAUUUUAUAACGAAAAUACACUGAAUAACAGGGGAUCAGUGCUUUCUGAAAAUAUAAAGAUAAAGCCAAUGGAAAGCCGUGAUAACAGCUUUAUUGGUCUAUAUUUUGAUGAUAAGUUAAUUUCUCUUAAAAAGGAAGAAGAAAAAGCUCUUUUUAAUGAUGAUUUCGACCGACUGAAGAGAGUCAGAACCGUAAUGAAAACUAUUGGAAAAGCUAAAUAAGAAACUUGAUGUUCUUGCUGCUCAGAAAGUCCAAGCUAUAAGUAAGGAGGAUUAUGAGACAGCCCAAAUGAUCAAGAACGAAAUGAGCAAAAUCCAGAAAAAUAUUAUGACCACUACCGAUAAGACGGGCAAUAGGAAUGGCAUGAAGACUUUGAAUAGAGGCAGAGGAGCAACCUUGUCUCCAAUCGAGUACCGGAGCAAACCUUCAAGAAAAGAAAAUUUCCCUCAGGAUGUAACGGAUGUUAGUGACUCCUAUGGUACAGCAAAUUCUAUGAGUAAACCUCUUAAUCCAAUAUCUAUUAAAUCUAUGAAGAAAAUUGAUUUCGUUAAAGAUAAUGAUAUCUUUGCACCAAAAAGAAAGAUUGGAAUUGAAGAGAGAGCAUUACCUGCUCUUGGAAGGCAGACACCAAUCGAUUAUAGCAAGGUAAAUGAAGAGGAGUUUGAACACCAAAAACCUAACCAAAUCAAUGCCUCAAAGCUUACCUUGAAAGUUGACCCAAGACAUGUCUCACAUGUCGAGAAACUUACAACUGUGUUUGGAGAAGAUCUCGCAAAGAAGGUUUGUGCUGAUAAAUGGUACUUUCAACAGGAAGGAAUCGAAUCAGCAGUGAAAAAUCUUAGAGAUCAACUUGAUGGGCAACCUAAUGAAGAUAAACAGCAUAUUAUCGAAUUUUUGGCUGAUUUAAUUUCAGAUUUUGAUUUGAGAGCCAAAAGUAAUCUAUCGGUAGCAGGAAGAAGUAUAAAGACAAAGAAGAACAUAAAGAAUUUGAAGAAAAGAGUGGAAUUGUUCCAAAGUUUAGCUGAGCAAUCCAAGAAUAUCUCUGAGGAAUAUCUUCAAGAGGUGUGAAAGAGGCUUCCUCAUUUUGUGGACCAUACUGAUCUGAAAUCAGAUUAUAUCAAGUGUCUCCAGAAUGUUUACAAUGCCUAUGGAUAUAGUACAGUGCAGCCUGUUAUCUCAGACCUUUUGAUUUCGCAGUUGGAGCAGAUUAAGACUAUUAUUCCAGAGGCCAAGCAAGUGCUUCAGGAAAAAUAUGAAGAUAAAGAGCGUAAGAAAGAGCAAAUGCUUGAAGAAAAAUAAGAGAAUAGAUGCAGAGCCAGCUAGCAAAGCUUUCAAUAACAGAAGGAAAUCUUCGACCAAGAAUGGCAAUACUGAUCGAAAAAUGGUCUGAGAGUUUUGAGGGAAAUUUAACGAAAAGUUUGCUGAAGAAGAUAAUAAGGACCUUCAUUAUCUUGAAGAAUGUCCAAAGCUCACUUCCUGACCAGGAUGUGAGCAAAUUAUUGAAAAGACCACUCUUGAUAAACACUUACUCAAUGAAUGAGAAGAAAAACAGGAUUUUGAGCAGUGUGAGAAGUGAGAAAAGGUUGUAAACCAGAAUGAGCUUGAUAUCCAUAAGGCUAAGUGAAACUAAGUUAAUGCAUUUUCAAUUAGA